AAGGAUGGUUAACCACCCAUUUUGCUUGGCUUCUCUUGCUCUGCAUUUGCAUCACGCCACCUUACUGUCACACCAGAGACAUGCUUGUAUCGACAUCAACCACUGACACGGGCCCUCCUCCAGAUGGAAACGUAUCCCAUGACCGCAACAUACGACUAUUCGAGCGCUGCUGAGAUCGACUACAUGCGCUGUCAUGCCCUGAAUAACCGCUUUCCAGGGUCCCUCUCGUCUCGUCCCUAUAUCGACGACACAACCUUUGGCGACACACUGUGCGGCAACGGCCCUCUGCCUCCAACACCGUUCGCCGAGGAGGACACUAGUCACCAAGGUACAACAGCCAACAGGCCGGGCUGGCCAAACCAAAGCAGCUCCGACGAAAACUCAUUGUUUACCCCCAUGGGCAACUUUUCAGGGGCUGGCUAUGAGUUCCCUACUGCCAAUGCAGCUGAACUUCAGCGGCCCGCCUACAACAACUACGACUACGAUCUCCCUCCCCCUGUAUCUGACAACGUAUCCCCUGGAAUGGACAUGGGAUACGCCGCAGUCAUGAGCGCCGCUGUCUCGCCAGUGCCUCCCCAAACCCUGAAGAUGCCAUGGUCCGGCACGCCGCCCCCAUCAUCAGGGCCCAGCAACAAAAGAUCCACGCCGCCCUCCGUCAAGACCGAGAACAGUGCCGGGCCCGAGAACCCCCAUUCGAUCAGGACAGAAACCAGUCAAGGCGGCAAGCGCGGCGGCAUCCAGUCGCGCCCAUCACCACCUCGCAUUACGAAACCCCGGGCCGCCCCGCCAUCUCUGCCCUCGUCGCCAGCAUCAGCCACGUCGGUCCAGCAAAACAGCCACCAAUGCCGCCCAGAGGAGAGCGCGCGCAAGAGCCACAACCUGGUCGAGAAGCAGUAUCGCAACCGCCUCAACGCGCGCUUCGAGCGCCUGCUGAACGUGCUCCUCGCCGCUGACCAGCAGCAGUGGGCUGGCAGUGGUACCGACGACGCAGCGCCCGACGAGAAACGCAUGACCAAGGCCGACGUGCUCGAGCUCGCGACGCGCCACAUCAAGACGCUCAAGCGUGAGAACAGCUGCCUCCGCCGCGAGAGCCAGGAGUGCUUCCGUAGGAUCGGUGUCAGGGAUGCUGCUGCUGCUGCUACUAUGAUAUCCCCGCGGAGGAUCUAAUUAGAUCUGGAGCUAGGGCCCAGCGGGGAGGGUCCGGCGGGGCGUGGGAUUCUCACACACGCAUUUCUUUUUUGCCAUUUAUCGCGCACGAGGUUUUCUUGGAUAUCUAUUGCACACGAAGGCUCAGACCAAAAAAAAAGGGGGGGGUCACCCUCCACAGUAGGCAGGGUUUGAGAUUGUACGGUUCAAGUUGGUUCACUAGGUGCCGUGCCGGCCCCUACGGAUCAGCUCAAGCUCAUUGGACCCCCUGUAAUAGCCCUGAAGGCCGUUAUCUCCUUACAUUGUGAGAGGUUGGCUUGUU